ACUCGCUGUCUCUCCUCACCACUGUGUCUCCCAGAUGCCUUCAACUCCGGAGCAGCCCUCAGGGCAGACCGAGGGCCUCCCAGAGCCUACAGCGGAGUCGGCCACGUGGGCAGUACUCCCGUGUGGCCCCUGUAUUCCCAUCAUGCUGGGCCUGGCCUCUCUUGCAGCUUUCUUCAUUGUGACUACUGCGGUACUGGCCGAACGCCUGUUCCGCCGCCCGCACCCGGACCCCAGCCAGCAAGCACCCACCCUAGUAUGGCGCCCCGGAGGAGAGCUGUGGAUUGAGCCCACAAGCAGCGCCCGGGAGCGCUCUGAGGACUGGUAUGGGUCCUCCAUACCCCUGCUGAUGGACAGGGCUCCAGAUCCCCCGACUCCUGGGGGAACUUUGGAGGGCAGAGCAACGGCUCCACCAGCCCCUUCAGUCCCUCACUCUUCUCCCUGCUCCUUAGUUCCCCAGACCCCACCAGAAGUCCCAACCCAGAGCACCUUCUGGAGGCCUCAAACCCAAGAGGAGAGGCUCCAUGCCACAGGCCUAGUGAGUUGGGUUGAGCCUGAGACGAGGCUAGAGGUUGGAAUGCAGGUUGGGAGCCCCAAGGCCUGGAGGAUGAGGCAAGGGAGCCCUGAACCUGACUGGGGUCUCCAGCCUCGGGUCACCCUGGAGCAGAUCUCAGCGUUCUGGAAGAGGGAAGGCCGGACCAGUGUGGGCUUCUGAAUCUUCAGAGCCUGUUAAGACUAGCCUCCCACCGCAGGGGCUGAAAGGGGUCAGCUCCAACCUCAGGCCUGGACCUCACUCUAGAUGUUUGUCUGGGCCCUGCCUAGACCCUGGGACCUUCUGUGUGAAAAUGUCUACCUUUGGCACCUGGCUGGUGGGCAGGCUGACAGUGUGGACGGCCUGUGCUCCAUGGCUUGCACUAAAGCUCAGCUUUGGUUAAACUGCCCAGGUUGUGACUCUGAGAACUGGAGGCAAGGCUAGUUGGCUGUGAGCCAGAAGGCUUCAAGACGGCAUGUCAGGGUACAAAUUUACCUAAGCCACCAUAUCAGAACGAAGAGGUCCUGUAUGGGAUGCUGACCAACGACCCAGAACUGGCGGUUGUGUGUGGGUCAUGUGGGCAGGAGAGGGCAGGAAGGAAUCUUGCUCUCCAGAGACACAGGCCUUAUCUGUGCCCAGGCAUUCUCACCAACCACUGCAAGGCCCUCCAGCAAAAGAGAGGCCAAGUCCAGGCGGAGUCUUUGACAACAUACAAACCUUGGCUUUGUCCACUAAUGGCAACGUGGAAUUUGCUGAGCCAAGCUGGGGAGGCCACUUCUUGCCUAGAAUUGAGACACAGACUCAAAAGGAUCAACAGGCCCCUCUGUCCAUUCAUUGGCUUAUGGCUGCACACAUCCUAGAAUGCAGAGUUCUAUUAUUCCAUGGUAAAGCAAGCCUGGACUAGAAAGAACUGAGUUUGUUCCAAUAUGGAAAUGAAGAUUGUCCCAGAGAAGGGAAACUCCCCAAACCCAGCCUCCGCCACUGUGCCCUCCAGCUUGCUGGAGUGGUCCAGAGAGGCAGGUUUGCUACAAGACCACUCACUUAUAACGAUCCAUCCCAUGGAAACGGAGCCCCAAAUAUCCGUGGGCUCACUAGCUGCCUUCCCCUUUAGGAGAGGGGAUGGCGGGGAUAG